AAUCGUCCGCGAGCAGCACAAAUGCAAAAUGAGUUGGUGCAAAAAAUUAGCGAAAUUCGAAAAAUCUUGCAUUCAUACGAAUGGCUGAUAGACGCCUACAUAGUGGAUUUCUAUGAAGAGGAUCACUUUCAAAGACUGCCCACCAGUUGGCGCACUUGUAUGGAGAGCAUUUCCGUCCCACAGCUUCACGAUUUACUCCGCUUCGACCGCCGACAAACCGAAUCCACGAUCUGGCCCUUGGCGAUCUUAUCGCUCAGGUCACUGUUCCAGCGGUUGGCUCUUUCGAGGGAGCACCGAGUGUGCAACGGGAGCGACACGUUCGAAAAGCGGUGGGUCAACAGCGCCUUUCAUCAACAUGCGGGGCUGUUCCAAAAAUCAGUCAAACAUAAAAAACGCCACGAAAUUGUCCAGUUUGCAGCUAGCUGUUUGAAUGAAGAACCAUCGCAGAACCGCUAUACGCUGGUGGACAUUGGCUCGGGGCAGGGUAAUCUCGCUAGGGCUCUUUCGCUUGGGUUUGGCUAUCAAGUAUGCUGUCUCGAACAAAACGAAUCGUUUGUUCAAGCCGCAAGACGAAAAGACACGGAAUUGUGGGAAAAAUUGGUCAAAAGGGAUCCAGCAUUGCAGGCCAGCAUGGUGAAGCCAGUUCAUCUUCACGAGCGAGUUAAUUUGAAGCAAAUCGAUCCAGUAGGGUUCGUUCAAAUGCUGCACCGAACACUGAAUUUUUCCGAACCGAACACUGACAAAGAUGAAUUUCAAUUCGGUUUGAUCGGUUUACAUCCCUGUGGAGACCUAGCACCAUCGUUGCUCCGACUAUUUCUGGCCUGCAAGGAGUGUCGUUUCAUAAAACUUGUCUGCUGCUGCUACAUGAAACUGUCCUGCGUGAAAUUACACGAUCAACAUACGGCCAAUAAUUACGGGUUUCCUUUAAGCGAGUUCUGUCGAUCCAGCGGCCUAAUGCUGAGCUAUCAGGCUAGAGAAAUUUCAUGCCAUGCGAUAGAACAGUACAGCAGUAAGCUAUUGGAGUGCUACCAAGAGCUUAAGGUACACGCUUAUCGGGCUGCCCUCGAAUGCAUCAUCGUACGAUUGAGACCAGAAUCGAAACACUCCGGGCUCAGAGGAGGCAUAAAAGCAACGGAGGUCUCAUUCGAAGAAUACUCACGUCGGGCUAUCGAGGGGAUGGGUCUUUCAAUUCCCACCACAGAGAUACAUUCCGACGAAACCCUGCGACGCUUGGAGCGCUGGGAGGAUGUUGUAAAGUUCUACACGCUGCGGCUUAUGUUUGCUCCGCUGGUAGAGACCCUGAUCCUGUACGAUCGCCUGCUGUUUCUGCGAGAAAGGGGCUGCAACGCUAGAAUCGAUGUCAUGUUCGACCCGAUAGAAUCGCCACGGAAUCAUGCCAUUACUGCCUUUAAAUGAAAUUAUCUUACCAACCAUGGAUGUAAUGUUUCUUUAGCGUGCUUCCAGCAUUGUAUAUUUAAAUAUAAACGGACGUUCUGUUCUAUAAAAUAUCUC